GUGGCAGCUGGGAAUGUGAGGGUUUCAACACAGUCCGCUAUUUUCAGGACUGGGAACAGUAGCAGGGCUGGCUGGGAAGAGACUCUGCCCACCGCUCUACUAUAGCCAACACACUGGCUUAAUUUGAAGUCCAAACGGGCUUCCUGCGUCUUCUGUCCGGGGGGGUGGGGGGGGGUGUCGGUGUUGUCGGACCGCAUCAGAUGGUCAGCGGACAGCCGUUGGUGGCUCACUGCGGGGCUGCGUGCUAGAGGGAACCAGCCGGAGCACCGUGUUUGAUUGUUCGCUAACACCUUACCUCCUGCCUGCUGGGUCCGGCUAAAAAAUGCAGUGAAGUGUCACCCGUUAAGUCAGUGUAAUCUGAAUGUUUCCCGGUGUGAAGUGCUCGGUUAAAUGUGCCUGUUUCAUCGCUACCAAGCCACUCACGCCAACGACGAUGGACUGAAAUCUGCGGCGGGGGCGAACGACACACAACCUGCCGCGAUUUCUUGCAUGUAAAUAAAUAAAUGAUAGAGGAUACAAUGACCCUGCUGUCUCUGUUAGGUCGGAUCAUGCGUUAUUUUCUGCUCAGACCGGAGACCUUGUUCCUGCUGUGUAUCAGCCUGGCUCUGUGGAGUUACUUCUUCCACACGGACGAAGUGAAGACCAUCGUCAAGUCCAGCCGGGAUGCGGUCAAGAUGGUCAAGGGGAAAGUGGCGGAGAUGAUGCAGAAUGAGCGGUUCGGCGGGCUGGACGUCCUGGAUGCGGAGUUCUCCAAGACCUGGGAGUUCAAGAGCAACAACGUGGCCGUGUACUCCAUCCAAGGCCGGCGAGACCACAUGGAGGACAGGUUCGAGGUGCUCACCGACAUAGUCAACAAGAGUCAUCCGUCUAUAUUUGGAGUUUUUGAUGGCCACGGAGGAGAGGCUGCUGCUGACUUUGCCAAGGCCCACCUGCCCGAGGCUCUCCGCCAGCAGCUACUGACCUAUGAACGGGAGAGAGAGCGAGACAGAGAAAAAGACAAAGAGAAAGAUGAAAAAAAGGAGAAGGGUGGUCUCUCCUAUCCUUCCAUCCUGGAGCAGCAGAUCCUGACAUUGGACAGAGAAAUUCUAGACAAGCUGUCUGCCACUUACAAUGAAGCAGGCACUACAUGUCUGGUGGCCCUGCUGUCUGAUAAGGAAUUGACAGUGGCCAACGUCGGAGACUCACGCGGAGUUCUUUGCGAUAAAGACGGCAAUGCCAUUCCUCUAUCCCAUGACCACAAACCUUACCAGCUCAAAGAACGCAAGAGAAUCAAGAAAGCCGGUGGUUUCAUCAGUUUCAAUGGCUCGUGGCGUGUCCAGGGCAUCUUGGCCAUGUCUCGUUCUCUGGGCGAUUAUCCUCUGAAGAACCUCAACGUGGUCAUUCCUGAUCCCGACAUCAUGUCCUUUGACCUGAACAAGCUGCAGCCAGAGUUCAUGAUCCUGGCGUCCGAUGGCCUGUGGGACACCUUCAGCAAUGAGGAGGCCGUUCGCUUCAUCAGGGAACGACUGGAUGAGCCUCACUUUGGUGCCAAGAGUAUUGUCCUCCAGUCUUUCUAUCGUGGUUGUCCUGACAACAUCACAGUCAUGGUGGUCAAGUUUAAAGGCAAGGGCAACGAGCAGUAGAUCGUCCAUCAACCACAUGCAGUAUCUAUAUAUUAUGUUUGAAUAUAAGUAAGAAUAGGCUUAAGAUGAAAGAUUUAAAAACCGAGCCCGCAAUUUUUUGAGCAAGAACUAUUUCUAUCGCAGAUAUUUACAGAAGUUAGUUCUUCAAGGCAUCCAACCACGCCCCCGUCCUUUUCUUUUCCUGCUGUCAGAGUGACACUUUUCUUUCAUUUAGUCUUAGCCAUAACUUUGAGACACCGUAAUGUGAGCUUGAGUCACUGUUAUGCAAAUAAACAGGUCUAGCUUUGUGCAGCUAUGGGGUACGCCCGUGAGUCUGCACACACUUGUGUGUGUGUGUGUGUGUGUGUGUGUGUGUGUGUGUGUAUGUAUGAGAGAGAGAGAGAGAGAGAAGAGCAACAGUGAUAGAUGUCUGUCUUUGUGUGAUAAACUUGCACACAAGUGUCACAUUAACCACCAAUUCAUUGUCUAUACAAUAAUGACAGAUUAAAAGUACACACAUGAUAGCAUGGAGUUCCUCUUCCAUAUUAUUUCAAACAUGAUGUCUUUCACUCAAUGUCUAUGUGACCACUAAUUUUAUACUUUUGGUUACCUAACUCUGUGUUUCCAUAUCGUCUAAUUGUAUUCACAUCUACCAAGUGACUUCACUGAAUAUUUAAUAUGUUGGCAGGUUAUUUUAUUCCUCAGUCAAUAAGCAUCACUGGUGCGAAUCAUUAAUAUGAAUUUAUUCCCUUUAUACAUGAACAAUGCAAAUGAUAAUAUGCCUAUGCUUGUUCAAAUAUCACCGUCAUAUUGUACAGCAAUAGAACCGAUGCCAUCAUUAUAUCACACUUGCUGAACGUGAGAAUUCUUGAUGUGAGGAUGAAUCAAGUGUUUGAAUGAAGAAUGAAGUGAGUUUCCCCAUUUUGUAAGUUUAUUUCUUUGAAUGUCGUAGUCCACUUAAAAAGAUCGGUGUUAGUUUCUGUGCUGAUAAAUUCUCAUGUCUGUUUUGAUUGUUGAUAACUUUUAAGACUUUAAAGCUGAGACUAGUUUUGGUCUGUACGACUACCACUACUGUUCAGCCCCAACUUAUCAGGAUCCAUGUAACCACUGAUAAUGUAGUAACUGUCUGAUAAUAUUGUAGUAUGUCAAAGUCUAAUGAAGAGUAACUUUAAAUGGGUACAAUACAUUUCCUGAUUAUGUAGUGAUAUUGUAGUAACAUCAUAUUAUGACACUAGCUGCUAAUUAUUGGUUUAUUAACUCAUAAAGUAAUAUGAUUAUCUAAUAACACUGAACGUUUCUGUUCAAAUGUGUAGGAAAAAAUAAUGAGGUAUCUCAUAAUAUAAUAAUAAUAAUUGAUGUAAUAAUAAUUGGGAGUUAUAACUUUAAUAUUACUUAAUCUAAAUUUACAGUAACAUUUACAACCCUUUUAAAAAGACUUUAAUUACAUAUUGACAUGCUAUUCUGUUAUCUGACUUUUCAUGCAUUAUCAUUUACUACAAUGCCCAUGAGAUAUAAAUAUACUCAAACUGACAACUUACUGUUGAAGUGUCUUGUAUUAAUAUCAUCCUCGUCAAGAGAAAAGUCCUUCGUCCUGAUCAUUACUGUUUGAUCUCAGUUUCUCUGAACUGCAACUCAAAAUGUAACAAGCCUUUGAAUGAAAUGCGUUAUUGUUGCCUUAUUUUUUUAACUGGUUAUUUCCUGUUAUGAAGUCUGCUGCCAAAACUACUUCUCAGUUUUUAAUGUAAUGCAGUCGAUCAUACCUUGCACACUGCACGACCUCAGUGUCAUACCUUGUUAACUCACAUGUAGAAUAGCAUUGUUGAAAGAACGUCUCCAAGAGACAUGAAAUUGUAAGAUGAAUGUACAUACUGUCCUCAUGUUAGUAUCACCCCUCCACUGUUUAUAUAGCAGUGAAGAAAGCAAUGCGCCUGUUCUUGGAUUGUUUAACUUCAGAGAUAUAUACCAGAUAAAACUGUUUGCGCUUUUUCAGUUCACAUUCUUCCUUGAUGACAUAUGUUACAGAAUGUUUAUGUGGCAUUUGUACUUGUUUUUGUUGACUUUAAUAAACUGUAAAGAAAAGAAUUAAGACAUUUUAAAAUGUAAAUCAAAAAGAUAACAUUAAAAUGAUAAAUGAUCAUA